UACCUCUUUUAGGUUUUUUCUGGAUUUACUCUCCAGUGAUUGCAUGCUGCAGUACUGCAGUUAUGGCGGCUUUCCAGCCUUUCAGGAGUAAUCACGUAAAAAGUAAAGCAUCUGUCCGAAAAAGCUUCAGUGAAGAUGUGUUCCAGUCUGUAAAGUCUUUACUGCAGAGUGAGAAGGAGCUAUGCAGUGUAUCAGGAGGAGAGUGCUUAAACCAGGAUGAACAUGCCCACUUAACUGAGGUCACAUUUCUGGGCUUUAAUGAAGAAGCAGAUGCUGCUCAUGUACAGGAUCUGGCUGCAAUUUCACUGGAACUUCCAGACCUUCUGAAUUCGCUCCAUUUCUGCAGUCUCAGUGAAAAUGAAAUCAUUUGUAUGAAGGAUAUCAGUAAAGCAUCAGAUGUAAGCGAUAGUCCUCUAAAGCAGAGUCAUCAUUCUGGAAUGCUUUGUGUCAUGAGAGUGUCACCUACAUUACCAGGACUCAGAAUUGAUUUUAUCUUUAGUCUCCUAAGUAAAUAUGCUGCUGGCAUAAGACAUACCCUGGACACGCACGUGAAUCAGAAGCACCACCUUGAGACCACUGAUGAAGAUGAUGAUGAUGACACAAACCAGUCUGUGUCUUCCAUAGAGGAUGACUUUGUCACUGCUUUUGAGCAGUUAGAGGAGGAAGAGAGCACAAAGCUAUAUAAUGAUGAAAUAAAUAUUGCUGCACUAAGGAGCCGGUGUGAUGCUGCCUCUCAGACUACUUUGGGUCAUCAUUUAGAAACCCAUGAUUUUAAAGUGUUGGUUAGUUACGGAGCACAGAAGUCAUUGGCUAAGCCUUCAUCUUCAGUAAAUGUUCUGGGACGCAAAGAAGCAUCUUCUGUGAAAACAUCAGUCACAACAUCAGUUUCAGAACCCUGGACCCAACGGAGUCUCUAUAGGUCACCCAGUGCUUCAGAUAAGGGCAGAGGCACACAGGAGACAUCCUUCCCUUCUCCUGUCCACUCUUCUGAGUCUGAGUGCUCAAGCCCAAGUCCUGUGAUUUUUUUGGAUGAAGAGGGAUAUCAAAAAAGUUUAAAAGCGAAACUUGACCUGCCUGAAAUCCCUGUGACAAAAGAUGAUGUAGAGGAUUCAGACUCUGAAGUGAGUGAGUUUUUUGAUAGCUUUGAUCAGUUUGACGAACUAGAACAAACUCUGGAGACUAAUGGUCCGUUUAUGAAAGACCCUAUCUUAGGGAAGUCAUUGCAGAAGACAGGGCACAAACAUGAAAAAUCUUGUAUGAAUCCUCAGAAGUUCAAGUUUGAGCGUCCAGCUCUUCCAGCUAAUGUUAGAAAGCCAACUCCACGCAAACCCGAGUCUCCAUAUGGCCACCUAUGUGAUGCUCCAGAUUCCCCUCGUCCAGUGAUGGCGUCAGAAGACAGUGCUUUGUUUAGCCCAAUUCGAGCCUCUGCUUUCAGUCCUCCUGGGAGCUGUACUCCUGCUGAGUGUUUUUGCCAAACAGAUAUUGGUGGAGAUAGGAUUCAGGAUCCUAUGCAUUGUACUUAUGAGGAUUAUGCAAGUAAUCUUUCCUGUGAAGUACUAGGCUCAGCUCUUCAUGUGCAACGUGCAAAUGCUGCAUCAGAUAUUAAUAGUAUUAAAAGGGGAGAAAGUAAUACUGUAGCUUUUAAGCUUGGAGACACUGACCAAAGAAGUAAAUGCAAAAAAUCUUCAAUGAUUACAGAGAGCGUGCAGAAGUUUGCAGCAGAUCUUGUGGGGAAAAGUUUUGGUAGUGCAUUUAAGGACUUACAGAAAGGAGUUUCUUCAUGUACUAAUGCGUUGUGCCACUUAGCUGUCAAAUUGACGUCGUCUGUAGUUCAGAUGGCAUUUAAUGAACUUAGAAAGCAGUGUGCAUUUUCACUGAAAGAACGAGCCAUUGGUAGCCUGGCUAGUCUUUUGGUGAGUGAAGCCGUAUCAAAUGCCUUGAACGAUUUACAGUGUGUGAAAAAGCAGAUGUUUACAAACACGGCUGCUAGGUUUGCAGCGGACCUUGCAGAAGAGCUUGUUUUUGAAGGUAUCAUGGACGUGUGUCAGUUUCCAUGCCCUCCAGCCCCUGCGUCGCCACAGUGUCACUCAUUUGACUUUGAAGACAAAGCCGUGAAAUCAUACGCCAAAGAUUUGUCUGAAUCUGUAAUACAAGAAGCAUUCAUAGAGCUGUCACAGACUGAUGUGACCUUCACAACAAAGGCAGCAGCUACGGUUUCUGUGGGUGAUGUCAAGUAUGUGAGCACAGAAAGUGUAGUGCCGCCUACACAGACCUUCACAUUUUCAUCAUCCGUUAGUGGUCAAGCAAUUAUGCUGACAAAACCAGUGCAGGAGCCUAAGAAGGAAUACACAGUGCAGCAGGCUUUGUUUUGUACUUCAGGAGUUGUCACCUCAAUACCAGUGCCCUUGGCAGGUAGUGCCCUUCUUCCAUAUCAUGCUGCAUCUGCUUGGCAUCAGCCCCAGUCUCAUUCGUCAUCUGAGCAUAGUAAAGCAGAUGGUGGUGCCGCCCAAGAGCACAUCAGCACAGAAAGCCCUGAAGAGGAAGUAGAUUGUCUCAGAAGUACCUGUCUACCUUCAGAGCUCAGUCCAUGUGACCAGAAUGACUUCAGACCAACUAACGGCGAUACUGACAUGCAGAGGCCUUCAAAACUCACCAGCAGCCCUGGGAUUAUUAGCAACUUUUCUGCAGCAAUGGUACAUACAUUAGUAAAUGAAACCUUAGAGUCCAUGACAUCCUUCAAAGGCACAAAAACUGUUGAUAUAAAUGCAGAUUAUUUAACCAAAAUGAUAAAGGGAAAAGCCUGUCCUCUUACCCUUUGUGACCAAGCAGCACUACAGCAGAGCAAAGCUAGCAGUAAGGACAUGUUUGCUGAGCAGUUAUCAAAGUCUAUUAUUAAACAUUCCCUGGAUAAAAGCAAGUCAAUGUUUCCAAAUAUAGAUAAGAAGCCAGCUAGUAAGGAACAUAUGCCUGUUCUUGGAGAAGAAUCACAGUUGACCUUGGAGGAAUCUCCCAAAUUCCCUGACUUUCCAGAUCACUCACCUCACUGUUCACUCUUGGCUGGAAAGUAUUGUGCUCUGGAAUAUAAAGAUUCUGUGGGUUUGGGGUUUUCUUUAGAGACACUGCCACCUUGUCCAGUGAUGACAAGUCAGAAAUCUAACUUGAAGGAUAAACCAGUGAAAAGGCAUAAUUUGAAUAAUACUGUACUUGAAUCCUUGUCUUUUGGACAGGAAAGCUUUUUCCGUCACUCACAUCCUUUGUCAUCUGCAGAACUUACCUAUGUUGAUGGUUUGCAUGUGGAAGAUAAACAGAAAAUCAGAGACAGAAAUGUAAUACCUGAUACUCCUCCAUCAACUCCUUUAGUACCAUCCCAGACUAGUUCUGAAUGGGAUAUCAAAAAGUUAACCAAAAAGCUCAAGGGAGAGUUAGCCAAAGAGUUUGCACCUGCGACACCACCUUCCACACCUCACAACUCUGUUGGUAGUUUGUCUGAGAAUGGGCACAAUGCUAUAGAGAAGGAAGAGUUCAUGCUGAAACUCAUGCGAUCUCUUUCAGAGGAAGUUGAAAGCAGUGAAGGUGAAGAGCACCCGGAAGUGGAUGUGAAGUCAGAGUACUCAGGGAGGAAAGUUCAGUUUGCAGAAGCAUUAGCUACACACAUCAUUUCUCUUGCAACUGAAGUGGCAGCCUCCCAUUUAGAUCAUGAAAUCACUCAAGAAUUCAAGGGUCAUAACCCUCACUUAAAUGUGCAGCGUCAAAGAAUACUGCCUGCUUCUUUAGAUCAUUUGGGUGAAAACAUACAGACAUGCAGUUUUGCAAGUGAUAUGGCAGCUGAAGUCAUUGCAGAAGCUGAGCAAAUCACAAAAGCCGGAAGUUAUAUGCUUUUCAGGCAUGAGAGGAACGUUUGUCAUGUUGAAGGUGAUCGAGGUAAAGCAGAAGAGAAGUUGGAUGUGGAGGGUGUUGCACACCCAAGAGAAGUGGAUCCAUGUGUUCUUUCAUUACCAAGUUGUGUGCCAGCUCUGACAUACAAGUAUCCCAGCUGUGAAAGUGUGACUGAUGAAUAUGCAGGUCAUGUUAUCCAAGUACUAAAGCAGCAAGGUGGCGAUGGUGACCUAAUCAUGGAUCAGUAUGCCAGUAGACUGGCCUAUCGGUCUGUCAAGUCAGGAGUGCAAGAAGCAGCUAAGACAGUAAAAAUGAAGUGCAGUUCAAAAAUGUUCCCUGUGCACAACUCUCAUGUGAAAAUAAACAAAGAACUGUUGAUGUUCUCAAAUAAAGAGCAUCACCAAGAAGUAGAUAAAAGACAAAGAAGAAGAAAUGGUGGCCAUCUUUUUAAACACCAAAUGUGUGAAAGGACACAGGGUCCUUGUAGAAAUGAACUCUCUGAACUGUACAGUUUUUCAGCCUCUCUUGCUAGCAGCAUAACCAGAGAUGUUAAGAAACAGUUGACAGCACCUACAGUUGACUUGCCAAAAUCCUCAGCAGAUUGUUGUCUUUUUGAAAAAUCUGGUUGUGCUGACAAGAAUGAGAGUAUUACUGAACCAGAAUUUUCAAAGUCUUGUCAACUUCUUCAAAAUCAUGGAUAUUGCCAGAAUACAGGCAGCUUAAGGGGACAUAAUUGUGGAGAGAAUGCUCAAGCCAUUGAACAGUAUGCUCGAAAAGUAGUGGGGGACACUUUAGAGCUAAGUUUAGGACCCACAGUUUUCCAAGUUUCAGAGGCUGCAACAUCAGCAGAAAGGAUUAGUUAUGCAGAAAAACUGUCACCACCUAUAAAUGAAGCUUGCAGAUACUGUGAUCUUAAGGAACUUCAUGGUUGCACCAGAAGUCCUGCUCAGCCCCUUUCAAAGCAGGGCCCAUGUGCUAGUGGUAAGCCAGGUUCAUAUUCAAAACUUAGUAGCAUCUAUCAGAAAUCGAAAAUUUUUCAUCUCGAUGUCCCUCAAAUUCAUGUUAAUCUUGAUAAGAGGGCAGUGCUUGCAGAGAAGAUCGUUGCUGAAGCUAUUGAAAAAGCAGAGAGAGAAUUGAGCAAUACCAGCUUAGCAGCUGAUAGUGGAAUUGGCCCAGAUGGCCUUAGCUUUGCUGAAAGCCUUACCACAGAAAUCAUGACAACAGCUAUGACAAAUGCUCGGCAUGCUGUUAGCAGUUCAAAAGAAAUAGAAGAUUUUCAGUCAACAGAGUCCUUUGGCAGCCAACAGAUGAAUCUCAGUGUUGGUGAGGACAGCACGGGUAGCUGGUCCAACUUAAGUUUUGAGGAAGACCAUCAAGAUGAAAGCAGCAGUUUUCAUCAUCUCAGUGAAAGCAGUAAUGGUAACAGCAGUAGCUGGAGCAGUCUUGGUUUAGAAGGAGAUUUGUGUGAGGACAAUUUAUCCUUUCCAACAUCAGAAAGUGAUGGAGCAGAUGAUAGAGAUGACGAGCAGGAGGAUGGUGUGGAAGAUUUACAGCAAAAUGGAAAGACUCUGCGAAUUAUGAACAUUGACAUGGAGCCUGGCGCAGUAGAUCCCCAACUAAGGGUUAUUCUUCAGUGGCUAAUCGCCUCUGAGGCUGAAGUUGCAGAACUGUAUUUUCAGGACUUUGCAAAGACGGAGUUUUUUAUAUUAGUAAGUACCUCCCUUCCAGAGUGGGUAUGGAGGAGCAUUGGCACUGUGUUGCUUUCAAAGCAAUUACAGGAGAAAGGCUGGAAGGUGGGAGAUGUCCUGCAGGCUGUGUUUAAAUACUACGAAGUGAUGGAAAAAACUUCAAGUGAGGAAAGAUGCAAGUCGCUCUUUGAUUGGCUUUUGGAAAAUGCGUAG